GUGGAAUUGAGCGAGCCGGCGAUAUCGGUUUGCCCAACGUUGCUCCGAACCAUCAUAAAACCUGUGCGCUCAAUCAUAAGCUGCAAAAUAUCAACAGAAUUUACUCUUGUUUGCACGGCACCUUGGGCUGACCGGAAUUGCAAAUUGGAGCUCGCUGUAGGUAGCUUCUGGCUUAUCAAAACAUACGGAUACCGUCAUGUGGGCAAGCGCUUUGCUUCGACCAUGCCUUCUUGUACCUCGCGGGCUGGCGCGACGAGGGCUCGGCCUGGGCGGGCCAGCGCCGCUCGCCGCCGCUCGGGGGCUGUUCAACAACACAGCCGCAAACGCCACGCCAGCUACGCCAGCAACAAGCCAUGCUACACAUAGCCACGCAGGCCACGGCGCUACCAGCAGCGCCGGCCUCAACAGCAGGCACCUGAGCCACAGCUCUAGCUGCAGCGCCGGCGCCGGCAGUAGCAGCGGACGUGGCGCCGAUGACGCCACCUAUACCACCACCACCACCACCGCUGCCACCGCUGCCACUGCCACUGCAAACCGCAAUGAUGCUGGCACCAUCAGUGACGCAGAGUGGGCUGAGGUGGUGGAGCUGCUGGGGGCAAUGGCGGCGACCAAGGGCCGCCCCAACGCGCCGGGCGGGUGGCGGGACGCGUACGAGUACAUGCCCGUGCACCUGCAGCGUGUCGGACUGACCCCGGAGCGCCUUGCCUCCCUCAACUUCAUUCACGUGGCCGGAACCAAGGGCAAGGGCUCCACGUGUGCUAUGGUGGAGUCGCUGCUGCGCGCCGCCGGCUACCGCACUGGGCUGUACACCUCGCCACACCUGGUGGACGUGAGGGAGCGACUGCGGCUGGACGGCCGCAUGCUGCCCCGGGCUGAGUUCGCCGCCUCCUUCUGGCGGGUGUACGGCGCACUGAGUACGGCGGCGGCACGGGACGCCCAGGCGGCGGCUACGGCGGCGGCGGCUGGUGGCGGCGGCGGCAGCCCCGCCAGCGGCCAGGUGGCGGCGGUGGGCAUGCCCAGCUUCUUUAGCUUUAUGACAAUCAUGGCCAUGGAUGCGUUCCUUGCCCGGCCUCCGGAGCUGCGGCCGCAGGUGGUGGUGCUUGAGGUGGGCAUCGGCGGGCGGCUGGACGCCACCAACGCGGUGGUGGGCCCCCGCGGCUGCUCCCUGGCCGCCGCCGCGGUGACCAGCCUGGGCUUCGACCACAUGGAGCUGCUGGGAGACACACUGCCGAAAAUUGCUCGUGAGAAGGCGGGCGUGAUGAAGCCGGGGCGGCCGGUGCUGGCGGUGCCGCAGCCGGAGGAGGCUAUGGCGGCGUUGCAGGAGGUGGCUGACCGCGUCGGCGCGUCGCUAUCCGUGCCGCCGCCGCUGGAGCGCUACAGCCUGGCGGCGGGUGCAGGCAGUAGCAGCAGUAGCAGCAGCUCGGCACCUGACCUGGUGGGCCUGGGCGGGGAGCACAUGCGCCUCAACGCCUCCCUGGCUGUAGCACUGGCGGCCGAGUGGGAACGACAGUACGGCGCGGCUGCUACAGCCGCGGCGGCGGCAGCCGCCUCCGGUGCCGGCGCUGGCGCCGUGGCGGCUGCGGCGGCGGCGGCUGCCGGCAGGGCGCUGGUGCUGCUGCCCGGUGGGCCGAAGGGCGCAGAUGCCACGGCGCGUGCUGCUGCGGUCAGGUGAGUGAGGCUUGGGUCGUGUGUCGUCGCAUACGGUAUGCCGGCUUUGAGAGCGAGUUGCAGCAAGUACGGUUCGCAGCCACUUUUUCUCCAUCCGCUGUGGGGCCACACGACGGGCGGCAACUCAAAAUCCCCGGA